AUAUUGUUUUAAACUUUGCAAAGCUGUAUGAGAUAGGAGAUAGGAAAGAAGUUGGACACUUUCAAACCAGCCACCAAGCUACCCAACAAUGCUUGGAGUAGUUAUGGAUGCUCUCCGGUGGGCUUCGUUCUAAGUCUGCAUGAAGGCUUGAAACUAUGCUUUCGGUGCCAAGAACGCGUUUCGUUUGCAGCCACCUGACAUCUGGGUUAUGUUUAGAGCUGAUAAUUUUUUGAUAACGAGAGGAUGGAACUCGAGAUUAAACAAACCCAGAAUCAAUUUAUUGUUGAUAGGUCGAUUUCUAAUAAUAAAGCACACGACCUAAUUGAAGAACAAAAGUUAGAUCUUAUUUCAAAACGAGAAUUGAAUAACGAACCUUCCUUCAGAAAAAGACCGGGUGAAGAAUUAACUUCAACGCCACCAAAUAAGACCAGAGCCACUGACACGGAAACUUCUCAACGAAUGAGACAAAAUCUAUCACCAUACAACGAAGAAUUUUUAUCAGACUCAGACUCUGAUGAGGUCGUGACAUCCCCUCCACUUACGAAUGUCUUUCUUGCUUCUUCACAACAACAAAUAUCAGUUGAUCUCAUUAAUCCUAUUGAUGUAGAUAGAGUUAAACCCAUUGAUUCAAGCCUAUCUUUGAAGGACGAAAAGUUUUUAUCAGACACAGACUCUGAGGUCGUGACAUCCACUCCAUCCUCUUCACAACAACAAAUACCAGUGAUUACGUCAUCUGCAUGUGAAUCUAGUAUGCCUUUUGAAUCGGCAGCCAAAAGAAGAAAGUAUAUUAACCAUGAUCUAGCAGACGAAGUGUUAAAAUCAUACCAAAUACACAUUCUUCCUGAUCACAAACUAAUAUACGAUAAUGUUGAUAUUAUGGAAUUCGCACGCUCAAUCAUGAAAACCGCGAAAAAAAAUCAGAUAUCAAAAAGUCCUUUAUCCAUUGGUAUCAUUGAUAUUCACAAUGUCGAAUGUCUUAAAUAUUUGCCUCAAGGGUUCAAGGAAUAUAUAGCGAAUCAAAUACAAGGUACUGACGAUUCCAUAUAUUUUUCAGAAGGGGGAGUUAUCAAUAAAUUUCUAGUAGAUUGCGAAGAGGAAGUUUUAAAGUACCUAGAAAAGUUCGAUAACAUUGAUAGUUUAAAGUCAUUAGAGGAGUGUUUAGAUAAAAAUCGAAUCAAUCAUUCUACCUCAUCGAAUGAUCUAAUUUAUGCUGAAAACCUUUUCCUCCAUUUCCUGUUCUUAUACAAAAAUGAUGUACUUACACAGUCUCUAACGGAAGCUGAAUUUAACGCAUAUGUCUGGACGCCAAUACUUAGAAAUGCUUUCCUUGGAAAGACUGAUUUAAGAUUAAAAUGUGGAGAAGUAGCGUCUAAGUCUUAUGAUAAAUUGAAAAGCAUUUUAAAUAUUGAUACUCGUGGUGGUCCUAGAUUAGACGGAAAAGGUUUCCUUAAGUCAUUAGGCACUGAGAUUUUAGCGCAGGAAGAUGGAGCAAUAAAUACACAAAGUAAAAGGACAGGAGACCUGCAGAAAUUAGAGUAGUGCUCUAAAAUUAUUCUUACGGCAUUAUUUUUUGCGCUACCUUCUCACGUGAAAAAUAGAAUCAAAGAUCUUGAAGUUUAUAGUUUGCAAUCAAACGAAUUUCAACUCAAAAUAUCAACAUCCAAAUUUCUCUUUGAGGAUACAAUUGUUGCUAUGGAACUUGCACGUAUCGAAAUUCCAAGAACCGUAGAAUGUUUUUUGAAGUUAGUAGUUGGUGUCAAAGUAAUAUUGUUCUGGAAGGCACGAACGAGAAAAAAUACGAUGACGUUUUAUGAU